AUGGAUUCGUUUAAACCUGGCUUGCACAAUGAGGUUUAUCCAUUCAUUCACCCUCUCAAAUUCAAGGCAUCGUUGCAAGACAAAGUUACUCUAAUUACAGGGUCAACUGGAACAAUUGGUCGGGCACUGGCAGAGUGCUUCUCUGUUGCCGGGACUAACCUGGUCCUUGUUUUUAACCGAACUGAACCUUCUCCCGAUUUUCUGAAUCGAUGUCGAACUCUCGGUGCCACAGCCGUCACAUCCAUUCAAUGUAAUGUGUCCGACUUGGACAGCUGCCAGAAUCUCAUAAAGGAAGUGGAAAGUAACUUGGGCAAUAUCGACAUACUUAUCAACAAUGCUGGGGUGGAUAGUAUAGGACCGAUGCACAAAAAAGAUCCCGCAGCUAUCCUUCAAGACUGGGCCAUCAAUUUAAAUGGCCCUAUGUAUUUGAUGCGUCUGGUUAUGCCAAGCUUUAUCCAGGCCCGAAGUGGCACUAUAAUCAACAUAGCCUCUAGGGGCGGAACGGUCAAUAUCCCCUUUAACACCACUUACUGUGCUGGUAAAGCCGCACUUAUACGACUUACUAGCUGCUGGCAAGCAGAAUUGGAACUGGGAGGUCAUGAUGGGAUUCAGAUGUAUUCCAUCCAUCCAGGUGCCGUGCCCUCACAGAUGACAUCUGCAGCCCAUUUAGAUGAGAUAAUGGGUCAGUACCCCCAUGUCCUCAAGAUAAUGGCUCAAGUGUUGGAGGGCUUUAAAGAUUCUCCUUAUUUGAGUGGCAUGGUAUCAGUGGCUUUGGCCACUGGUAUUGCAAAGGAUUGCCUAAAUGGAAGAUACUUUGAUGUCCAACAGGAUUUAGAGCAUGUAAUCACGCAGGCCCAAGCUCUGAAAGCUAAUCCGGACCUUUACACGCUGCAGGUGGGAUUCCUAGGUGGCUUACCUAAUGACGGAGGGACAGAGAAUAUAGCUCCAGAGAAAUCCUUUAUUUUCCCUGGUUAUUAA